CCUGCAUUACGAAAAUCCCCUCCUUCCUUCUUGCCCUUGGGAGCAACUGAUCGUUGAAUAACGAUGGACAGUGAUAGUAUCUUACUUCCCUCUGCUGUCAGUAUUACUGUUUCUCGCGAUUCGCAUCGCAUCUCGAAGGUUGCUUGUGGUUUUAUCACCUUUGAAGCUUCUACGACAAGUUCCUCCAAGACAAUAACCUUAUCGUGGCCGAAACGAGCGAUGAAAUAUAUAGAGAGUUUCCCUUCCCGGGUCAAGCACAAACUGCUCAGCCGGAUACUGCCCAUUCUACCUUUUCAUCUGCGUCGUCCAGUUUCGACUCUGACACAAGUCCAAGGCCGGGACGCCAGCACACCCUGCUUUCAACGCGUAACGCUGUUUAGUAUGAGUUUGGACUGA